AUGAUUAAUGAUGAUGAUGAUGAUGAUGAUGAUGAUGAUGAUGAUGACGACGACGAUGAUGAUGAUAUGGUGGUCAUUUUUUGGUAUACUUAACAUUUAUUCCAAGAGUGCACGUUGGAUACGAGAUGGUACAUGUAGAUAGCCAACGAGGUGUGUAGCACCGAGUUGGCUAUAAUCAUCUCAUAUCCAACAAGCACGAGUGGAAUAAUUGUUUCAUUAAAAAUGCUCACAAAAUAUCGUGAAUUCUUCCCAACUUUAUUUGUAAACACAACCGAUUUUCAGACGGUUUUUAAUUUUAAGCAGACACGUAUAGUUACCAUAUUUGGAGAGAAUGGUAUGUAGCUACCAUGAUUAGCGACAUGUUUAAUCCACUUAUUUUUUAUCCGAAAUCUUUCUUUAUGGAAGGUUCGGCCUCCAAGGACAAGAAAUUCGCCAAAAGAUAGAUGCAUGCGAUGCAUUAACCAAGACUCUGGAACAUCAACUGAAACAAUCUGAAGAUGGUAAUCUUACAUCAUGCAAUGAUAGAAGGCCUGUUCAAAGUAGAUCCAUUAUCUCAGGUCACUCAAGGGUCACUAAGUCUUCAAGAGUAUCUUCACUAAUCGACCUAAGGAAAGCCGAUGUGAUUGCAGAGCUGGCUGCAAAGGAAGCCAAACUUAACGUCCCCCAAGAAGAAGCAAAACGUAAGCAAGAAUUUGCCAAGAUGGAGGCACAGCUAAGGGCUGAAACAACAAGGAUUGAAUCAGAACUGGCACGAAGAAAAAUGGAGUUACAACAGAUGGAAGUGAAGAAACAAUUGGACAUGGCAAGGGUGAGGCUAAAGGCAUACCAAGUAACCGAAGAGAUCGAAAAUGAGAAGGAUCCCAUCGAACACGAUCUCUCGCCUGCUUCCCUUAUUCUGACAACCUCAGCAUCCCUACCUCUGCCACAGGAGCCCAGGCAUUUAAGAUCAGAAGUACAGUAACGCAUCAAAAGUAACGCAGCCCACUCAGCAGCUUCAAGACAUGCACAAGUCUCCUAGUGUCCUUCAAGAGUCUUCAAGUGUUGAUAAAACCACCAAGAUCAUAACUACAAUAGCAGAUUCAUUCAGUUUAAGUCGCCUCCCAGCAUUCAGACCAACCACCUUCAGUGAUGAACCCAUCCAUUAUCCAGAUUGGAAGUUGUCCUUCUAUGCUCUUAUACACCGAAAAAACUUACCUCUAUGCAACAAGACAUAUUACUUGCAACCCUACGCUAGCGGAUCAGCCAAGCAAGCCAUAAGCAGAGGAUUCGUUGAUUUCUUAACAAAUAUAGAAACAGCAAUGCAAACAAUCAAGGAUCUAACCAUCUUAAAUGACUAUAUGGAAAAUCAGAAGUUGCUUGCCAAGUUACCAGACUGGCUUAUCUCUCGAUGGAACAGAGAAGGCAAAAGAGAAAUGAUAGAACGAAAGAGAUAUCCAGAUUUCAAGACCUUUAUGGCCAAUAUCAACGCUGAAGCAGAAGCGAAUCCAAUCCUAUCUCUUCUUGUAAUGCAGUGA